GUAUAUUUUGGAUGGGUGGUAGAAAAGCAUUUUAUACUCAGUGCUUGAAAUACACCGCUACAUGAUUCAAAUCCACCGGGAGUUGUUGAGUCAUGGCAAAUUACCACGUGUCGCUAUUUUUGUUUCUUGAAGUCACGUACGGUGACUAUCCAACGGCUGAUGGGUAAUUUUUUCCGUAACCGCGGAAACAGUGAACUUUGAAACGAUCCAAGCUAGCGCAGACUGAGGUUGUACUGUCUCACUCAAAACUGUAACACCGAUCGAAAGGUUAGAACCCCCCAAACUAGCUGACUGUUCAAGAUGUCGAACACCACAAGUGAGCAAGAGCCACUGCCGCCCAAGCCCAAAGCGCCGGUGGAUCUGUCCGGAAAGUGGAAAUUGAUCAAAAACGAGAACUACGAUGAGUUUCUGCAGGCGCUGGGCGUGGGCAAGAUCGCCCGCGUGGCUGCUAGCUCCCAGUCUCCCACCAUGGAAAUCAAGCAGGACGAGAACGACAACAUGGUGGUGACCGUCUCGACGCCCAUGCGCGCCACGGAGGACCGCUACACCGUAGGCCAGGAGUUCACCAAUCCCGACCCAACCAGAGAGGGCGAGCUGGCCACCUACUUACCGACCUGGGACUGGGAGGGCAAGAAACUGACCAUCAGAAACUUGUCCCGGCCGGACGACGGGAUCCACGUCACUCGAGAGCUAGUUGGAGGGAUGCUGGUGCAAACGCAGAUGGUUGGGACGGCGGUUGCUAAGCGAUACUUCGUGCGAACUGUCUAGAAGAUGAUGCACUGUGUAGGCCUAUUUUCUUUUCAAAAAUUGCCGAUAUUGUGUCGUGCCACAUUCGUGCGUCCGAUCCGACGGUUUUGAGGACAAGGAACACAACUGGGGUUUUUCUUACUCUCAGCUGGGUCGCAACGACUGUGUAGCUGUUACGAGGGUUCUAUCUCCAAAUUAAGGUGUGCACUUCGAAGAUUGCUUAUGAUUGAAAACAUGCAUGCCUGUGCCUCAGGUUCUUUCAAAAAUGAAACCACGCCUAAAGGAGUAAUCUCAUAGAAAAUAAUAAGGCUGUAACUUUGAAAGAAUAACGAGAGGUACUAGGUUUUCCCAUCUUAUGUAUAUAAAGUAAUAUUUUCUUCUUAAUAAUAUAGCAUCAAUUAUACUUUAAUUCAACACGGUUUUGAACAAGUCAUCUGUUCUCACCCUCCUAUGUAUGGGCUGAUUCGAUUUUUUUGUGUUAUCACUAUCAUUUAGAUCAACUUAUUUGCUCAUAAUGUUGUUGUCAAAAUAGGAAGUUUGUACGAAAGAUAGUAUUGGCCGUAACCCCUACUUGUUCGAUUUUAGGAAAUGCAAAUUUGACUUUUUUAAGCAAAAACACUCAUUUAAGUUAAAUAGAAAAUAAACAUUGAAAAUAAAUUGUUUUGCAUUUACAUUUGAAAAAAUUUAAGAAUACUUAUUAAUUUCGUUAUUGGUAAUUCCACAUUUUAACUAGAUUUACGCUAACAGCCACCAAUAUCAAGUUUUGUACACAGUAAACAGCAUGCAGGCAAUUCGUCCGUUAAAGAUUUUACGCCUUCUUUUUCACCGAAAUGUUCUUUUGAAUCAUUACUUAUAUUCAGCUUAUACUUACUGCGUUGAGUUAUCAAGGUAGGAUGGACAAGAGUAUUUUGUUCAAAUAUGAAAUUGAUCUAAUUGUUUUAAAAUGACUGAUCAAACAUACGCUGAUAUCUGAUAGUGUCAAAAUAGAAUUGUUAAUUAAAACCAGAAAAA